AUGCGGAGACAGAUCCCUCCCGUCUCCUGCCUCGUACUCCUCGCGGCGGCUCUCGCGCUGCUCGCCGCGGCGUCCGCAGCGUCGCCGGCGCCGGCGGCCGUCGCGGUCAACGUGACGGGCGUGCUGUCGGCGUUCCCGGACCUCAGCGUCUUCACGCGGCUGCUGGCGUCCAGCCCCGUGCUGGCGGAGCUCGCGGGGCGGUCGUCGCUGACGCUGCUGGCCGUGCCGAACGGCAACCUCCCGCAGUCGCCGUCGGCGUUCGCGGCCGCGUCGGGCGCCGACCUCGCCGACGUCCUCCGCUACCACGUCCUCCUCGAGUACCUGGCCCCCGCCGACCUCCGCCGCCUUCCCGCCUCCGGGAAGCUCGUGACCACGCUAUUCCAGACCACCGGCCGCGCCCCCGCAGACCUGGGCACCAUCAACGUCACCACCGCGGGCGCCUCCCUCGCCGUCGUCCGCUCGCCGGCGCCGUUCCCGGGCUCGAACGCCACCGUCCUCGGCUCCAUCACCGCGGUGCCGUACAACCUGAGCGUGCUGGCGGUGAGCGGCCUCAUCGUCCCCACCGGGUUCGACCUCGCGGCGUCCCAGUCCCGCCAGCCCGCGGCCGUCAACAUCACCCGCGUCCUCGCCGACGCGCGCGCCUUCAACGUGGCGGCGUCGAUGCUGGAGGCCUCGGGCGUGGCGGCCGAGUUCGAGGACGACGAGCGCGGGGCCGGGAUCACGGUGUUCGCUCCCACCGACGACGCCUUCGCGGGCCUCCCCGCGGGCGACCGCCUGCAGUCGCUCCCCGCCGACCGCAAGGCCGUGGUGCUCCGCUUCCACGUGCUCCACUCCUACUACCCGCUGGGGUCGCUGGAGUCGAUCGUGAACCCCGUGCAGCCCACGCUGGCCACCGAGUUCAGCAACGCCGGCCGCUUCACCCUCAACAUCACCCGCGCCAACGGCUCGGUCGCCAUCGACACGGGCGUCGUGCAGGCGACCAUCACGCGGACCGUCUUCGACCAGAACCCCGUCGCCGUCUUCGCCGUCUCCAAGGUCCUCCUCCCCAAGGAGAUGUUCACCCGCACAGCAGGUGGCGGAGGCGACUCCUCCAUCGUGGCUGCCACCGCCGCCGCGUCCUCGCCCCCGCCAGCCGCGACAGCCCCGGAGGCCUCCGAGAGCGCGCGGACGCCGCCGACAAAGCUCUCCUCCCCGCCCGCGCUCCGCGGCGGCGGGCAGGACUACGACACGGCGUCGGCGCCGGCGCACGGGAUCGGAAUCGGCUGGUGGUGUAUAGCAUUGGUGUACCUACUUCCACAUCUGGUAUGA